AUGUCUAGUCCAAAUUCCUCUCCAGGCGUUGGACCUUCGCGUUGGGAUCCACUGCUGAUUGCCUCAGUUGGUGUAAUUUGUUUGAUACUUCUUCUAUUUAGUUAUUUGAAGAUAAUACAGACACAUUGUUGUGGGUAUCUGUCUGCGCGUUUGUACAGAAAUCCAACUCAAAGGCGUCAUAUAAACGAGCAAAUUCUUGACGAUACUGAUUCACAGAUCCAGAGCCGCAGACUAGACUCCUAUAUUAUGCAUUCACUGCCAAUCACUCAGUUCAAGAAGGACGACCAACAAACAACCAGACCAAAUAAUGCAGAUUGUGCAGUUUGUUUAGGUGAAUUUGUAGAUGGUGAAUGGCUGAAACACUUACCUUAUUGCUCUCAUGUUUUCCAUGUCGCCUGUAUUGACACUUGGUUUCAGAUUCAUUCAAGCUGCCCGCUAUGCAGAUCAAAUGUAUUUAGUGUCAAAAUGCAACAAGGACAUUCCAUUUCUAUGUACACAUUACUGGAAACUCUGAGAAGGGAAGAUUUCAAUCGCGAAAGAUCAGUGCACAAUGAGGAUAUCCGGUUACAGAUACUACAGAAUCAUUCUUCUAGAGAUGUAGAAGGAAGUGCUGACUAG